AUGGCCCCUACGCUCUUCCAGAAGCUCUUCAACAAGAGGAAUGGCCUGGGCGCCCCUGGCCGGGACUCCCGCGACCCGGAUUGCGCGUUCAGUAAGAACAAUACAGAUUCUGUUUCUGUGGCUCCAGUUAGAUAUCCAGUAGUACAAAAACUCUGUAGUGAUGCUCAAGUUAAAGUCUUUGGGAAGUGCUGUCAACUGAAACCUGGAGGAGAUAGUUCUUCCUCUUUGGAUAGUUCUGUAACUUCAUCUUCUGAUGUGAAAGACCAGUGUCCUAAAUACCAGGGUUCUCGAUGCUCGUCUGAUGCCAAUAUGCUUGGAGAGAUGAUGUUUGGCUCUGUAGCAAUGAGCUACAAAGGAUCCACCCUAAAAAUUCAUCAAAUCCGUUCCCCUCCACAGCUUAUGCUCAGCAAAGUCUUUACUGCGCGAACUGGCAGCAGUAUUUGUGGAAGUCUCAAUACGCUGCAAGACAGUCUUGAAUUCAUUAAUCAGGACAAUAAUACAUUAAAGGCUGAUAAUAGCACAGUCAUUAAUGGACUACUUGGAAAUAUAGGUCUUUCACAGUUCUGCAGCCCCAGGCGGGCAUUCUCUGAGCAGGGUCCGCUCCGCCUGAUCAGGAGCGCCUCUUUCUUUGCAGUUCACAGCAAUCCAAUGGACAUGCCUGGAAGAGAGCUGAAUGAGGACAGAGACAGUGGCAUAGCACGCUCUGCAUCUCUCAGUAGCUUGCUUAUCACUCCAUUUCCCUCACCAAACUCUUCCCUCACCCGAAGUUGUGCCAGUAGCUACCAGCGACGUUGGCGGCGUAGCCAAACAACAAGUUUGGAGAAUGGUGUGUUUCCUAGAUGGUCAAUAGAAGAAAGCUUUAAUCUGUCAGAUGAAAGCUGUGGCCCUAGCCCAGGAAUUGUGAGAAAAAAGAAGAUUGCAAUUGGGGUAAUCUUUUCAUUAUCCAGAGAUGAAGAUGAAAAUAGCAAAUUUAAUGAAUUAUUUUUUUCACAUUUUCCUCUCUUUGAAAGCCACAUGAACAAAUUAAAGAGUGCAAUAGAACAGGCUAUGAAAAUGAGCCGGAGAUCAGCUGAUGCCAGUCAAAGGAGUUUGGCAUAUAAUCGAAUUGUUGAUGCCCUAAAUGAGUUCAGAACAGCAAUUUGCAAUCUGUACACAAUGCCACGGAUUGGGGAGCCUGUCUGGCUUACAAUGAUGUCAGGAACUCCAGAAAAGAACCAACUUUGCCAUCGUUUUAUGAAGGAGUUCACUUUUCUAAUGGAAAAUGCUGCCAAAAAUCAAUUCUUGCCAGCUCUCAUUACAGCAAUUCUGACCAAUCAUCUUGCCUGGGUCCCAACAGUCAUGCCAAAUGGACAACCACCUAUAAAAAUAUUUUUAGAAAAACAUUCCUCUCAGAGUGUGGACAUGUUGGCAAAGACCCAUCCAUAUAACCCACUUUGGGCACAACUAGGAGACUUGUAUGGCGCUAUUGGCUCACCUGUACGUUUAGCAAGGACUGUGGUAGUUGGCAAACGACAAGACAUGGUCCAGAGGCUGCUCUAUUUUCUUACUUAUUUCAUAAGAUGCUCUGAACUCCAAGAGACCCAUCUUUUAGAAAAUGGAGAAGAUGAAGCCAUUGUUAUGCCUGGCACAGUAAUUACUACCAGUUUGGAAAAGGGUGAGAUAGAAGAAUCUGAGUAUGUGCUUAUCACAAUGCAUAGAAACAAAAGCAGUUUGCUCUUCAAAGAGCCAGAAGAAAUAAGGACUCCUAAUUGUAACUGUAAAUAUUGCAGUCGUCCACUCCUUGGUCAAAAUAUAGAGAAUGUUUCACAACAAGAGAGAGAAGAUAUUGAAAACAUGUCUGAGAAAAUGCUAGAAACUUCAGAUGAGUGUCCAGUGAUUUCUCCUGAAUGCCAGGAUGAAAAUGCUUUUGAUAUUAAACAGUACAGAGACAAAUUAAGAACUUGUCUUGACACCAAGUUGGAGACAGUUGUUUGCACAGGAUCUGCUCCAGUAGACAAAUGUGUAUUGACAGAAUCAGGCUUAGAGCCAGCAGAGGAAACAUGGCAGAGUGAGGAAUUGCUGGAUCCAAGUAACCACACAGGCAAAAUGAUGAGAUCCACAGGAAUGAUUGUAGAAAAAAAACCUCCAGAUAAGCUUGUGUCUGCUGCCUUUUCUUGUGAGGCAUCCCAGGCGAAGGUUACUUUCUUAAUCGGGGAUUCCAUGUCACCUGAUUCUGAUACUGAACUCCGGAGUCAGGCAGUGGUGGAUCAGAUUACCAGGUAUCAUAACAAGCCACUGAAGGAAGAAGGAGUGGCUGCUGAUUUGUAUCAAGAAACUAAACAAAAAACGAAGGACCAAUCUGAAGAGUCUGGUACACAAAACAUGGUUCUUAGAGAGGCCUGUGUGCUUCCAUGUUGGAAUCAUUCAGACCCGGAAAGCAUAAGUUUAUUUGAUGAAUAUUUUAAUGAUGAUUCUAUUGAAACUAGGACUAUUGAUGAUAUUCCAGUUAAAACAAGCACAGACAAAAAAGAACACUGUUGUAUGUUGGAGUUUUCUAAAAGACUAUGUACAAAAGACAGCAAACAAAAGGGUGAAUUUUGUAAAUGUGUAGAAACAAUUCACCAAGACGCAUGUAAAACCUGCUUUCCUCAGCAGGACCAAAGAGAUACACUCUCCAUUCUUGUCCCCCAUGGGGAUAACGAGAGUUCAGAGAAAAAAAUUGCUGUAGGAACUGAAUGGGACAUUCCAAGAAAUGAAAGUUCAGAUAGUGCCCUUGGUGAUAGUGAAAGUGAAGAUACAGGUCAUGACGUAACUAGACAAGUCAGCAGUUACUAUGGAGGAGAGCAAGAAGACUGGGCAGAAGAGGAUGAGAUACCUUUUCCUGGGUCAAAGUUAAUUGAAAUGAGUUCUGUUCAACCCAAUAUUGCCAACUUUGGGAGGUCCUUGCUGGGUGGCUACUGUUCCUCUUAUGUGCCUGACUUUGUUCUUCAAGGAAUUGGGAGUGAUGAGAGGCUCCGUCAGUGUCUUGUGUCAGAUUUGUCCCAUGCUGUGCAGCAUCCAGUGUUAGAUGAACCAAUAGCAGAAGCUGUCUGUAUUAUAGCAGAUAUGGAUAAAUGGACUGUUCAAGUGGCCAGUAGCCAGAGAAGAAUGACAGAUAAUAAACUGGGAAAAGAAGUGCUAGUUUCUAGUCUUGUUUCCAACCUGCUUCAUUCCACUCUUCAGCUUUAUAAACAUAACCUGUCUCCAAAUUUUUGUGUCAUGCAUCUUGAAGAUCGGUUGCAGGAGUUAUACUUCAAAAGCAAAAUGCUGUCUGAGUACCUGAGAGGGCAGAUGCGAGUUCAUGUCAAGGAAUUGGGAGUGGUUCUAGGGAUUGAAUCCAGUGAUCUUCCUCUUCUGGCUGCUGUAGCAAGCACUCACUCUCCAUAUGUUGCUCAGAUACUCCUAUAA